GAAUUGAACCGUUCAACGCAAAGCAACAAGAUUUCAAACGAUUUGCCGUUUGAAAAUUUCUCUUUGUGAAUGUGUCAACAAUUGUUACAACCUUGCUGUUAAUUUAAAGUUUUAUUUGAUUUAAUUUAUAUUUUAUUUAGUUUAUAUUUAAAAAUGACCUCAAUGAAAGAAGAUGACAAGAAAGAAAUCCCGGAAAUUAUUCGUGAUCCCCAGACUGGCUGUACUUACCAAAGAUUACGGUUUUUUGGAAAGGGGGGUUUCGCAAAAUGUUACGAAAUGCAAGAUCUUGCUACAGAGCAAGUAUGGGCAGGCAAGGUGGUUUCCAAAAAACUGCUUGUAAAAAAGACCCAAAAAGAGAAAACUGCUCAAGAGAUCUCCAUCCAUAGAUCACUUCUACAUAAACAUGUGGUGGGAUUCCACAAUUUCUUUGAAGAUUCCCAGAACAUAUAUAUUUUAUUGGAGCUAUGUAAGAAACGGUCGAUGAUGGAACUGCACAAGAGGAGAAAAGCCUUGACUGAGCCGGAAACAAGGUUUUACAUGCACCAAAUAUUGCUUGGUGUUCAGUAUUUGCACCAUAAGCGUAUUAUACACAGAGAUCUGAAAUUGGGCAAUCUCUUCCUUGAUGACGACUUGCAUGUUAAGAUUGGUGACUUUGGUCUAGCUGCCAAAAUUGAAUAUGAAGGAGAGAGAAAGCAGACUGUUUGCGGUACACCAAAUUACAUUGCACCAGAGAUUUUGACUAAGAAGGGACACUCGUUUGAAGUUGACAUUUGGAGCAUAGGCUGUAUUAUGUAUACGCUGCUUGUGGGCAAGCCGCCGUUUGAGACAUCCACACUUCAAGAUACAUACAAGAGAAUAAAGAAGUGUGAAUACAAGAUUCCAUCGGCUCUCCGCAAGCCUGCUGCCUCAAUGAUAGUCCUGCAGCUCCAAGCGAACCCAACCCUCCGGCCCUCUGUGGACAAAUUGCUCCAGCAUGAGUUCUUCUCAUCCGGGAUAAUGCCAGCAGCUCUGCCAGUUUCUUGUCUGACCACAGCUCCACGGCUUGACCAGUUGAUCGAGGGAGAGCCGAUACAUAGACGUCCACUGAAUGAAGUCAACAGUAAUGACAUGAUGGCGGUAGAUUCGCCAGUUAAGCCCCAACCACCAGAAGAGCUCCGAGCAGUGGAAUCCACCGGCCACAGGCAGAACCUUAUGGCGCUUCGGGACCAAAUUGCUUCGUUGCUCACUAGCAAGCUGAAAUGUCGUCCCGAGUGCCUGACUGACGAGUUGAGUGACCCUGCAGCUCAACCAUUGGUGUGGGUCGGGAAGUGGGUUGACUAUAGUGACAAAUAUGGCUUCGGAUACCAAUUGUGUGAUGAAAGUGUUGGAGUCAUGUUCAAUGAUACAACCAAGCUUAUUAUGCUUGCUAAUGGAGUUACCGUCCACUACAUUGACCGACAAGGCAAAGAGCAGUAUAUGACAAUGCACAAAUACCCAUCGGAGCUGGAGAAGAAGAUGAAACUCUUGACCUAUUUCAGAAGAUACAUGACUGAACAUCUUAUGAAAGCAGGUGCAUCUGUGUCAGUGCGGGAAAGUGACGGUCUGUCUCGAUUGCCUCACCUCCACCAAUGGUUUAGAACCACUUUGGCCGUUAUCAUGUACCUGACUAAUGGCACGCUACAGAUAAACUUCCAAGACCACACAAAGAUCAUUCUGUGUCCGCUUAUGCAAGCGGUGACAUACAUAGAUGUAGAGAAAAACUUCAGAACAUUCAGAUUUGCAACGAUCGAGGAACACGGCUGCGACAAGAAACUCUACACAAAUCUCAAAUAUGCUUUAGAAAAAAUGAACAGUAUUUUAACGAACAAGUUAUGUUAAAUUAGAUUUUGAAAUAUAUUUUUAGAUAUUUUUAAUGUUA